UUCUCGGGUAACUACGCGAGACUUCCUUGUUGACAAGCAAGCACUCUUUCCAAGAUGGCUAGAUCAGACUGGGUUUAUGAUGAACUUCUUACAUUUCUUGGCAAUCCAUUAUUUCAGGUUCCAGUUUUAACCUUCAUGGAAGCAAAUUGCAUAAUUUUUGACCCAAGUAUAGAAGACUGUAAGGAGUAUAGGGAACAGCAUACAUCAUAUCAUGAUUUGAUCAACACAUUAUUAGAUGGCUUUAGGAAGGAUACCAAACUGUCACAUGAAGAUAUCAUCAAUGCAUUUAAAGAAAUGAAUGCCAAAGAUGAUCUUAAAGAAAUAUUUCAGGUGAUAUUUGAAAUGGUUUUAGCUAUGGAUGAUUUUGGUAUGUUUGUUAGAAUAAUGACUUUAAAAAAUAUUGAGCUCCAAGAGCAGGUAUUAAGAAUGAUGGCUAAAACUACAGGUAGUAUACCAGACAGUUUUACAACCGCUCCUCCCAAGAAAGCAAAAACUGCAGAAGAGGCAGAGGAAGAACUCCUGGCUAAAGUUAUGGAGCAGUCAAAAAAAGAAUAUGAAAUGGAAGAAAAGAAGAGAAAAACUAUGGAAAAAGAGGAAUUGGCAAAUGUUAUGGUAUUAGAACAGAACAGAUUACAAAAUGAAAAAGCAAAAGAACAUAAAAAAUAUGAACAGGCAAUUCAAGAAUUAUCUCAGGGAUCAACACCAACCAAACCUGUCCAAGAUAAAUUGAUUGCCUUAAGUAUAUCUCAACCAAAACCACAGGCAUCACAGCCAACACAACCACAACCUGUGGCACAACCUGUGGUCAGCAAGCCACCACCAGCAAAACCAGUAAAGCAAACAGACUUGAAAGCAGCUCCAACCGUUAUUGUUACACCUAGUCAGAGAGAUAAUGUGUCCAGUUCAGAAGCUGCUGCUAACUGGUUAGCACAAGCUAAAACAGAUAUACCAACUAGUCCCAAUGCUGCGAACUUAAAUGCAGCUCAUGCUGCUUUAUCUAAACUAAGUCCUGAUGAAUUAAAGAAAAGACAGGAAUAUUUAAAACAGCAAAGAGACAAACUGGUAGCAAUGAAAAAGAAAGAAAGAGAAAAGCAGCUUUUAGAUGCAGAACAAACACAGCCACAAAGACCUGUAUCAGCAAGAAAUGCAAGAUCAGCGUUACAAGGGGAGCAACAAAAGAAGGUUGAUCCAGAAGAGGAGAAAAAAUUAGCAAUGAGAAAAGCUAUAGCCAAUAGACUAAAAUCAGAGCUUUUAGGAAAUAAUUAAUGCUUGUUUUCUGAACCAUUUUAAAUGGUAAUUAAUGUUGUGGUAUUAUUAUAUGUAAUAUUCUGUUUGUGAAGUGCUGUUCCAUGCUAUUACCGUCCAAUGGGUAAAAUGUACUUUUAAGUUUAUAUACUUUUGUGAAAUACAAUUAUUUGAAUGAAUUGAAACCUAGAUUAUGCUAUAUGUAAUCCCUUUUAUUUUAACUCAUUUAAAUCUAGUGACAUUAGACUAACAAACUUUCACUGUAUAAGUUAAAUUGAAUUCAGUGGAAAAGGGUGUCAUAUUUGGAGCCAAUAGGCUAAAUUCAACAAAAUGGUGAAAUCACACAAAAUCUUGAAAAUUUGACUCCUACAUGUAAAGAAAUAAUAUAUCGCACAAUCAUCAUAAAAAAAAGGUAUUUAUAAGGGAAGAGUAUCUUAUAUUUUUCUAUUUGCUUGCAAAAAGUAUUUUGGUGAUACUUGUGAUCCAUGAUAAUUUAGCAAAAACAUUUCUGAAGUUUACUAAUUUUGCUAAUUUCCUGAAAAUUGUAACUUUGAUGAUAAAAUUAAAUUAUUAAGAUAAAUACUUAAAAAUGUUAAAUAAUUUUUCUUUUAUGGUUAAAAUAUGAAAACUUUAUUAAUUAAUGGCAUUUAAAUGUAUGAAUGAUUGAUUCUCAUAGCCUUUCCUCUGAAAGUCUAAAAAAAUUACUAGUAAUGGUAGUACAUGAUUUUUUUAUAUUUGGAGAAUUUACAUGGCAAAAAAAAACCCCAAAAAACCUUUCCUGUAUUAAAGAAGAAUGUAAUUUGUAAAAUUAAACUCAGGUCCAGAAAUUCACUCUUCAAUAUCAGUAUAGGUCAGUAAGAGAAAAGUGUAUGUAUGUUGAAAUAAGACAACAAGUUAUAUUUGUAUUCUUCAUCACUUCAAUUCCAACAAUUAAAUACUCAAAUCAUGAAAAGCAAUUGUUUGAAAUGCUAUGCAAACUUACAUACAAAGAAUAAAGAUUUUGGUAUUGAAUUAGUUCUCGUGCUCAUAAUUAGUUGAAAUUUUACUGAUUUUUUCCAAUCAAAAGAAAAUUAAGUAACUAUGUUCAUAUUAGGCAAUAAUAUCAUUUUGAAUUAAAUGUUUAUCACUAUUCUGUUUAUUUUCAUAAUUUAAAUGAAGAUGGUACUUUUUAUUCAGCUUGUAUUAGCUGCAAAAUAUUCUGUUUUCCAUUGUUAACUUGGGAAUAAGAUGUUCAAAAUUAGGUCCGUCCAUCCAGAUAAUAUAAAGAUAAUUCUCACAAUGAGUGUUGAAUAAAACUAUGUAAUUGUGAGACACACAAGAUAAUGAAAUGAUAAAACUAAAAAUCCCACAAAUGAAUAUUUAAAAGAUGAUUGACAAAUACAUCUUGAAUAACUAUUUUUAUAUAAUUUUAUUCUAGAUAGACAAACAUAUCAGAGAGAAUGUCCUAUGAAUGGUAUUUUCAAGUUAUGUAAAAUGUUAGAAAAACUAACUUCCACAGUAUGGUGUGAUAACAUUCCAUUUGUAUCGUAAUUGUUCUUCACAAUUUUAAUCUCAUUUUUCCUUCAUUCAUUCUAUCUUUAAUUUAAAUGCUCUUAAAUAUGUUGCUACUUAUUAUGUAAAUCAUAUUGCACAUUUUUCUAUUCUAAAUUGCCAUAGAUCAUGUGAUUAUAUAUGUAUUAUUUUUAUACUUUAUUUGUUAGUAUGUUUUUUGUGUUAAGUGCUAUAAAUCAAACUUUUGUGUUAAUUCUGCAUGUUAUUAUAUUAUCAUGUGUCUAACAUUAUGGUUGAAGCUAAAAAAAUAUCCCUUUAUCCUUUUAAGGGAUAAAAAAAUUGAUAGACGUCUUGAAAAAUUUCAGUUUAAAAAUGGUGAGUUAGUAGGAAUAUUUCUAUAGCUAUUGAUCAUGAACUGUAAGCCAUCAAGUUACAAAUAAAUUCAUGACAAAAGUCAUCCAUUAUAUUAUGAAAACUUUAUGAAUUUAUCAAAACAUUUUCUCAAACAAUUAAUUUGUAACAGCUUUUUUGAUUGGACAUCAUUUCCAUGAUUUACCUGCUUGAUUCCUCUGUACAAUGGCAGAAGAUGUGUCUGUUAAUGUACCGAUUUAUUUAAAAAUCUUGAUUUAGUAAUUGCAUUUGAAUAGGAAUUUACACAAUGUAUUUUAUACUUGGACACAUCCAUCAUAGAUGUUAGUGUUCAAAAUAUCAGUUUUCAAUUUAAAAUUGUGAAAUCAAUGAUUGAUGUUGUAUUAUAAAAAAAUGCAAUACAUGUACAAUUAUUCCUUAAUUAGAAGCAGCUAGAAAAGAAAAGUGAAUAGAUACCAAUUAGUAUCAUACCUGUGAUUGGUUUUUAAGAAGUCUAUUUAUUUAAAAUAGUGGAUAGCACAUAUAUACAAGUCCUGUACAAAUGAAUAAUAUCAAAUAAAAAUAAAUCAAGUACUUGUGCAAUAUAAACAUUUUCUGUAAAUAGAUGCAAUACCUCAAAUCUCAAGAAAAUAUGGAGGGAGUGUAUCAUGAAGUUUUUCUUUUCUUAGUUUUGACAGUAGCAUUAUUGUAUCAUUCUAACAAGAUUUAUUUCUGUACAUGUAGUAUCUAUAUUUCAUAACCUCUUACUUGGUGCUACUGGAAUCAUUGUGCAGUUUUACUUUUGCCUCCUUUUGUAAAUUAAGGGUUAGGACACUAAUGUUUGUGAAUAUUGACCUAUGUUGAUUGCACAAGUUUGAAAGUGCAAGUUAUAUUCUGCUAAAGAUAAUUAAUUGAUAUUCACCAUUAUUUUAUAGUUGUAGGGCAAAACUUUAAAAAAAAAUUACAAAUGUGUAUUAUAUUUUAGAUUUGAUAUGGCAUAGUUCAUAUUGGGCCUUCCUGUUCCUUCUCGUGGCAAAUUUAAGGCACUGUGUCUUUGAUAAAGAAUAUUUCUAAAAUGAAUUUUUUCCUCGUUUUAAUAUUCGUCCAUUCAUAAAUAGCAUUUCCUAAACCAGUGAAAUUUAAGUGAACCUUUUAGUUUGAAUAUUCAUCCAUUCAUCAUAUAGCAUUUCCUAAACCAGUAAAAAGUUAAUCUGUACAAGGGCAUUAUGCACUUCUGUUUAUUUUUUAUAACAAUGAAUUUUGGUUUAUUUAGAGAUCUAUGAUUGGUGUUAAAUAUAGGCAUUGAGUUUAAAAUAAAAGGUUAUGCCCUACCUACAAUAAUAUAGGGGCAUUAUGUUUUGAAGUCUGUGCAUCCAUCCAUUUGUGUGUCCCUCUGUUAGUUUUUCCAUCCAUCCCUCCCAUAUCAGGUUUUAAGUUUUGUUUAAGGUCGGUUAAAGAUUUUGUUUAGGGUAUUUAUUGGUCACAUCAGCUUGAAACUUGAUUAUGAAAUGAACAGUUAGAUAUAUACGGUGGACAUUAUUAUUCUUGAGAUACCAAAUUGUGUGGGUAUAGGUAAACCACAUAAUUUGAAUGUACAACGAAGUACAAUUUAUUUUAUAGACUUCUAUGCAUACUUUAACAAAUCCAUGAAAAACACUUUUUUCCUCAACCCAUGAAAAUUGGUCUCCACUAAAAUAAAUGAAUCUACAGUAUGCCAAAUAAGGGUUUGACCAGAUUUCACUAUCACUGAUAAGCAUUGGGUCCAUUCUCAAUUACUUAAAGUAAAAGGUUAAACACAUUUGAUCUCUAUAAAUGUUGAAGAUGAACAUGCAUGAGUGAUAUGGGUCACACUUCUUGGAUCCAUUUCGUAUGGUUCAGCUUUUGUGAUUGUCAGUUUCUGAAUUGUUAUACAUGUGUAUAUUUUUAUAGAUCUAGUAUCUAAUGUCAGUGUACUGAUUGCAAGAUCCUUUGUGAGUUUGAUAUUUAUAUUUAACUUUCACUUGCCAACCUUAAAAUGUAUAUUUUUAGUCAUAAUCAUUAUGCAGGAGACAUUUCUAUGUAUCCACUUCUUUAAUACAUUUGUUUGUUAUAAUCAUGAUUAUGCUUUGUUAUAAUCAUAUAAUCAUUUGAUGUACAUAUCUAAUAAUGUCAGUAAUGUCUAUAUUUACUAUUGAUUUUGUUAGAUUCUCACCAAUUGUUUCCGUCCUUAGUGAUUAUCUACUUAAAGAAAUACACAUAUCAAUUGUUUUCUUUCUUUAUUAUGUAACACCAUUGUUUUUUAUGUGAGGAUUUUACACAGACGUUGAAAGGCUUUUACAACCAAUUAAUUUGUAAAUAAAUGAAGAAGUGCUAUUAUAA